AGUCAAUUCAGCAGAGGGGUGUUUUCCAUGUUGGGUGCCGUGAGUCCGGACUCGUUCGACACCCUCCAUUCUUACAGCAACACGUUCCAGAUGCCUUUUGUCACGCCCUGGUUUCCCGAGAAGGUUCUGACACCGUCCUCCGGUCUCCUGGAUUUCGCCAUAAGUAUGCGUCCGGAUUAUCAUCGCGCCAUCAUCGACACAGUGCGAUACUACGGCUGGAAGAAGAUCAUCUACUUGUACGACUCCCACGACGGAUUGCUCAGGCUGCAGCAGAUUUACCAGGGUCUAAAACCGGGCAACGAGUCCUUUCAAGUCGAGACUGUUAAACGAAUACAGAACAUGUCCGAGGCGAUUGAUUUCCUGCGUAGCCUCGAAGAGCUCAAUCGGUGGAGUAACAAGUAUGUAGUGCUGGACUGUCCUACAGACAUGGCGAAGGAUAUCGUUGUGAGCCACGUGAGGGAUGUUGCUCUGGGGAAAAGGACGUAUCACUACUUAUUAAGUGGUCUAAUAAUGGACGACAGAUGGGAAAGCGAGGUGAUCGAAUACGGGGCUAUUAACAUCACUGGCUUUCGCAUUGUGGACGCUGGACGGCCAUAUGUCAAAGAUUUCUUAGCUGGAUGGCACGGACUUGAUCCAGCCACUUCUCAAGGAGCUGGUCGUGAAUCUAUUUCUGCACAAGCGGCGCUGAUGUACGACGCCGUGUUUGUUCUGGUCGAGGCGUUCAACAAGUUUCUGAGAAAAAAGGCGGACAGAAGCAAUGUGAGACGAACGGGAAUACCUGGCAGCAAUCAAAUUACAAAUGGCACCAGGGCUUUGGAUUGCAACAGCAGUCGAGGAUGGGGAGUGACACCUUUCGAACACGGUGACAAAAUUUCCAGGUUACUGAGAAAGGUGGAAAUCGAGGGACUGACCGGCGAGAUACGCUUCAACGAUGAUGGCCGACGACACAAUUACACUCUCCACGUCGUCGAGAUGACGGUCAACAGUGCCAUGGUCAAAGUGGCGGAAUGGACGGACGAAGCUGGGUUUCAGGCUAUCGCUGCAAAAUACAUUCGACUUCGACCGCACACCGAAAUCGAGAAGAACAAGACUUAUAUUGUGACCACCAUUGUGGAAGAACCGUACAUCAUGAGGAAAAAAUCGGACACUGGAGAGAUACUCACUGGAAACGAUAGCUACGAGGGUUAUUGUAAAGACUUAGCUGAUCUCAUUGCUAAAAAAUUAGGAAUUACCUACGAGCUACGGAUCGUGAAGGACGGAAAAUACGGGAUGGAGAAUCCGGAUGUUCCCGGUGGUUGGGACGGGAUGGUUGGCGAGUUGAUACGCAAAGAAGCAGACAUAGCAAUAGCGCCAAUGACAAUCACAUCUGAACGCGAACGAGUGAUCGACUUCAGUAAACCCUUUAUGUCCCUGGGUAUCAGCAUCAUGAUAAAGAAACCCAUCAAACAGAAACCCGGGGUAUUUAGCUUCUUGAACCCGUUGAGCAAAGAAAUCUGGGUGUGCGUGAUCUUCUCAUAUAUCGGCGUAUCCAUUGUUCUCUUUACCGUGUCCAGAUUUUCACCCUACGAAUGGAGGGUGUUAACAUUGAGCAGCGGAGGGGAUCCCACAAUGUCAACCAGGAAUGAUCCCACGUUACAACAUCCACAUGGCUCGCAAGGAUCACCUCAUAUUCCAACUUCAAGCAUGGCUAACGACUUCAGCAUCAUUAACAGUCUAUGGUUCGCGUUAGCUGCCUUCAUGCAACAGGGCUGUGACAUAUCUCCCAGAUCGAUAUCGGGACGAAUCGUCGGCAGUGUAUGGUGGUUCUUCACCCUAAUCUUGAUCUCGUCGUACACUGCCAAUUUAGCCGCGUUUCUAACAGUCGAAAGAAUGGUGGCGCCGAUUAACUCGCCGGAAGACCUAGCUUCACAAACGGAAGUACAGUAUGGGACACUUUCGCAUGGAUCUACUUGGGACUUCUUUCGCAAAUCGCAGAUCAACCUAUACAGCAAAAUGUGGGAAUUCAUGAAUUCUCGGAAACACGUGUUCGUCAAAACAUACGACGAAGGAAUACGAAGGGUCAGGACGAGUAAGGGUAAAUACGCUCUCUUGAUCGAGAGCCCAAAAAAUGAAUAUAUCAAUGAAAGGGAGCCUUGUGAUACGAUGAAGGUUGGGAGAAACCUUGAUGCCAAGGGUUUUGGGGUGGCGACGCCGCUCGGAUCUCCUCUCAGGGACCCCAUAAACCUAGCGGUGCUAUCGUUGAAAGAAAAUGGAGAAUUGACAAAAUUGGUGAACCGAUGGUGGUACGACAGGACAGAAUGCAGACACGGUGAUAAACAAGAUGCAUCCAGAAACGAGUUAUCCCUCAGCAACGUUGCGGGAAUAUUUUAUAUUCUUAUCGGUGGUCUGCUUUUAGCGUUAGCCGUUGCUCUAUUGGAAUUUUGCUAUAAAUCACACACUGAAGCUACUAGAGCGAAGAUUCCAUUAUCGGAUGCGAUGAAAGCGAAAGCCCGAUUAACGAUCGGUGGUGGUCGAGAUUUCGACAAUGGCCGGUACUACGCUCCGGCAAACGCGAUUGGCAAUACCGAGGGCGACCAGGUACACAGCAAUACGCAUACCCAGGUGUAAGUUACCUGGAGAGCCCGAGUGAGUCGCCCGCCAUCUCCUUGCCCACACCACCGCCGCCACCUGUGCUGGCGGUUCUACCUCCACCACCGCCACCACCGCCCAGAAGACCGGCUCGAAGAAGUG